CGUUUCUCAGCUCGGGAGAUCUGGAUAACUCUUCGGCAAGGCUUUUCUCUGGAAGUCCCCAAAUCUGAGUGCGCAAAAAGUAUGUCCUCGGAAGUCUCACGGGCUCUCUGUCCACUCGAGGCUGUAUAGUUCCAAAGCUCAUCUAGCUCACAUCCUUCGCCACCUCACAUCCUGUCCUCAGAACUAUGGACGCAGAUUAUCUCAAACAGACAGUCGGCCCACUUGUGGCUUCAGCCCUAUCCUCCCUCGUCACAUACGGCUACGACGCCACGGCAUCCUACCCCCGAGGCCAUGAUCCAAUCACCUUCAUCGCCGAAUACCUGAUCCACCACGACAAAGCCGCAAAGAAUGUAGCAGUACAUAAGAAAUAUCGCGCAGACCUCGCGUCGUUACAAAGCGCAUUUGCUGCUGCUGAAGCGCAGGAAAAGGAAGCGCGGUUGCGGAUGGAGGAAGAGAUCAAGGUCAAAGCGAAUAAGAUCUUGGAAAGGCAAAGCAUUGCAGACGAAGAGAGUGCUAGACGGCUAGCUGAGGACGCCGCGAGGGCUGCCGCGGCGAUUCUGGCUGCUGCGAAACAGGCGAAUGAGGCGAGUGAGGCGGAGAGGUUGGCGAAUGAGCCGAGGGGAAUACCUACUGUCAUUGAGGAGGCGGAGGAGGGGAAGGAGACUGAAGAUGCGGAGGAGGCAGUAGAAGAAAAGCCUGAUAUCCCAACAGAUACCAUUGCUGAAGAGCGUGAAGAUGCAGAAUGAUCCGGCGUUACCGCGAUGUCUCGACGAAGGUGGCGGGGUGACACUCUUUCCGUGGUCCACAUGUACUCGCCGUUGAGAUGGCUACAAUGCGUCACGUUGAAGCUCACUUUGUAUUGUAUGAACACUUGAUGUCUAUAAUACACAGUAUACGUUCGCUACAUAUAGAGUAUCCCUAAGGCUACGCUAGUGAAUCUUUACUAUAUGCGGAAUAUCCAUGGCUAAACAUGCCCGACCGAC